GCCAAACUUCUUUUAUGUUGGUCACAUUUUUCUUCGUUUGAGAACUCAUCAUCGUCCGCCUUGCUAGAUCUCGAAGAUUCCGAAAUAAAAUCUUUAAUAAUUCUAUUAAAUUGUAAAAGAACAGAAAAGUUAUUAAAUUAAAAUAUGGCAGCAAUAAGUUUAUUGAAUCCAAAAGCUGAAUUUGCACGUGCGGCUCAAGCACUUGCCAUUAAUAUUUCGGCUGCAAAGGGACUACAGGAUGUGAUGAGGACUAAUCUUGGACCAAAAGGAACAAUGAAAAUGUUGGUUUCUGGUGCUGGUGACAUCAAAAUCACAAAGGACGGAAAUGUUCUUCUCCACGAAAUGCAGAUCCAACAUCCAACAGCAUCGAUGAUUGCUCGUGCCAGUACCGCUCAAGACGACUCAACUGGUGAUGGUACAACUUGCACUGUCCUUUUGAUUGGUGAACUCUUAAAACAAGCCGAUAUCUUCCUUUCUGAGGGUUUGCAUCCACGUAUCUUAACCGAGGGAGUAGAAAAGGCUAAAGUCAAGGCUCUGGAAGUUCUUGAAUCCAUGAAGAUCCCAAUUGAGAUCAACAAAAAAAAUCUAAUUGAUGUUGCCAGAACUAGUUUGAAGACUAAAGUCCAUUCGAGCUUGGCUGAUUUGCUGACUGAAGUAUGCGUUGACGCUUUAUUGGCCAUUCGUCAGGAAGAAAAGCCAAUUGAUUUGCAUAUGGUUGAAUUGAUGGAAAUGCAACACAAGACCUCAACCGAUACUAGCCUGAUUCGUGGUAUUGUCAUGGAUCACGGUUCAAGACAUCCUGAUAUGCCAAAGCGUUUGGAGAAUGCUUACAUUCUCACUUGUAACGUUUCGUUGGAAUAUGAGAAAUCUGAAGUCAAUUCCGGAUUCUUCUACAAAACCGCCGAAGAACGUGAGAAGUUUGUUUUGGCUGAACGUGAAUUUAUUGAUCAGCGUGUAAAGAAGAUUAUUGAAUUGAAGAAAAAGCUUUGCGACGGAACAGACAAGACAUUCGUUGUGAUUAACCAAAAGGGAAUUGACCCCAUGUCAUUGGAUGCUCUCGCUAAAGAAGGAAUUAUGGCUCUGCGCCGUGCAAAGAGGAGGAAUAUGGAACGUUUGGCUUUGGCUUGUGGUGGUAUUGCUUUGAAUUCAUUAGACGAAAUGGAAGAAGCAAACUUGGGUUAUGCUGGUGUUGUUUACGAGCAUGUCUUGGGCGAGAACAAAUACACAUUCGUUGAAGAAUGUAAGAACCCUCAGUCUGUGACAAUUCUUGUUAAGGGUCCCAACAGGCACACCAUUAUUCAAAUCAAGGACGCUAUUCGCGAUGGAUUACGAGCCAUUAACAACGCCAUCAAUGAUAAAUGUCUCAUUCCUGGUGCUGGUGCCUUUGAAAUUCGUGCCUACAACCAAUUGAUGAAAUACAAGGAUGAAAUUAAAGGCAAAGUUCGUCUUGGAGUUCAAGCUUUUGCAGAAUCGCUUUUGGUGAUUCCCAAGAAUUUGGCAAUCAACAGUGGCUAUGAUGCUCAAGAUACCAUUGUUAAAUUGACUGAAGAAGAUCGCUUGAAUCCUGAUCCAGUUGGCUUGGAUUUAGCAACAGGAGAAGCAAUGAAACCUGUUGAUUUGGGUGUCUAUGAUAAUUAUAUUGUGAAGAAACAAAUUCUGAAUUCCUGCUCGGUUAUUGCCAGCAACCUCCUGCUUGUUGAUGAAGUCAUGCGUGCCGGUAUGACAAGUCUUAAGGGAUAAGAAUUGAGAAUUCAUUAAAACACUCAAUUCUCUUUCGUAUUAUUAAUAUUUGUCACGCGUAAUUUUUUAAAAUACUUCACUUGGUUUAAUGUUUAAUCUUUUUAUUUCUAACAUGCCUAACAUUUCAUUCACGAAUAAACAGAUAAAAAAUAA